AUGCUCCGCUGCUGCUUCUCCGGCCCAGCCCAGCCCGCUCUCGCCUGUUCGCUCGGCCGUGGAUCCCCCGAUUCCUCGCCCAAGCUCACCUCCUCGCCGGCCCAGACCUCGAGCCCGUCUCAUCAUCCCAGUACCCGGUCCGAGGGCUCUCCUGCCCAUGACGUGUCCCCAGGCACCUCAGCCUCGUCACCGGCGGCCCCCUCUCCUCCAACUCAUGUUAUUUGCCGUAGUGACCGCACACGGUUCAAGCCCAAACGUCUUGACAUCUACUACACCGGCAGUGAAGCUAACGCCGUUGUGUACCCCCUCUCCUCUCAUCUCACUUAUGAUAACGUCACCCCUGUUUGUCGAGCUUUUUUUGCAGCCAUUGCUUAA